AUGGCAGAAGUUGCUCCCGCUCCAGCUGUAGCUCCGGCUAAGGCACCUAAGAAGAAGGCAGCACCUCGUCCUAAAAAGGCAGGACCCAGCGUCGGCGAACUUGUCGUCAAAGCUGUGACUGCUUCGAAGGAAAAGAAAGGAGUGUCUUUGGCUGCGCUGAAGAAGGCUCUGGCUGCCGGUGGAUACGACGUUGAGAAAAACAACGCUCGCGUCAAGAUAGCUGUGAAGAGUCUCGUUACUAAGGGAACUCUACUCCAGACCAAGGGCACCGGUGCCUCCGGCUCCUUCAAGCUGAACAAGGCGAAGGCAGAGCCGAAGAAGAAAGCCGUCAAGAAGGCUGCUCCCAAGAAGAAGCCCGCUGCUAAGAAACCCGCCGCAGCAAAGAAGCCCAAGAAGGCAGCAGCCAAGAAACCUGCAGCCGCCAAGAAAUCCCCGAAGAAGGCAGCCAAGAAGCCCGCAGCAGCCAAGAAGGCCACCAAGAGCCCCAAGAAGGCCAAGAAGCCCGCCGCCUCAAAGAAGGCAGCGAAGAGCCCCAAGAAGGCAAAGACAGCAAAGCCCAAGGCAGCCAAGCCUAAGGCCGCUAAGCCCAAGAAGGCAGCACCCAAGAAGAAGUAA